CACACAUUUGAAAAGAAUUAACUUCAUUUCAGGGCAAGCGGCACCUAUCAAGUUUAAAAUCGUGUCCUCAAGGGGUGUUUGCAAUGCUACGUCUUUUUUCGUUACCGAUUUUAUUGAACAUGUGACUGACUUAGAGGCUCACAUGGCUGCGGUGGCUGCAUGAUCCGCUUUAGUUUUUAAAAGUCCAGUGAUCGGGAGCUCCCUCGGCAGCAACCAUCCAGAGCAGAGGACCGCUGAAAAACACAGCGCCUACCCGGACAAUCCAUGGCGAACAGCGGGCAGAAAGUUGUGCUAAUCACCGGCUGCUCCUCCGGCAUCGGGUUACGAAUCGCCGUCACGCUGGCCAAAGAUGAGAAGAAGCGUUACCAUGUCAUUGCCACCAUGCGGGACCUGAAGAAGAAGGACAAGCUAGUGGAGGCAGCAGGAGAUGCCUAUGGCAAGACCUUGAUGUUGCUUCCACUAGACGUGUGCAGUGACGAUUCAGUAAAGCAGUGCAUCAACAAUGUCAAGGACCGCCAUAUUGAUAUCUUCAUCAACAAUGCAGGUGUGGGCUUGCUGGGACCUGUGGAAAGCAUCAGCAUUGAGGAGAUGAAAAGAGUGUUUGAGACCAACUUCUUUGGGGCUGUUCGCAUGAUCAAAGAAGUGAUGCCUGACAUGAAGAAGAGGCGUUCAGGGCACAUCGUGGUCAUGAGCAGUGUCAUGGGUCUUCAGGGAGUGGUGUUCAAUGAUGUUUACACUGCCUCGAAGUUCGCCAUUGAAGGUUUCUGUGAGAGUAUGGCCGUGCAACUGAUGAAGUUCAAUAUCCGGUUGUCCAUGAUCGAGCCUGGCCCAGUGCACACUGAGUUUGAAACAAAGAUGAUGGCGGAUGUAGCCAAGAUGGAGUAUCCAGGUGCAGAUGCCGACACGAUUCGUUAUUUUAAAGACGUUUACCUGCCAUCAUCCAUAGAUAUAUUUGAAGCCAUGGGCCAGACGCCAGAUGACAUAGCCAAAUGCCUCAAAAAGGUUAUUGAGUCAAACAGCCCUCGCUUCAGGAACCUCACCAACAGCCUCUACACACCAAUUGUGGCCUUAAAGUAUGCUGAUGAGACUGGAGGCCUGUCUGUCAACACCUUCUACAACCUACUCUUCAAUUUUGGACCUCUCAUGCACAUCACCAUGAGCAUCCUCAAGUGCCUGACAUGCAGUUGCCUGCGUAGACGCACCAUCUAACCUAACUGAGGGUGUACAGGUCCUCCCCCCUUACCCUCCCACUUUGUUGACCCCGUUAAGUUCUUGGUAAACUAGAGCCAGUAACUCUUGGGAGAGAAAGUGCCUUUUUAGUUCAAAGACACUACCAUAAUAAGCUUUGCCAGAAAAUAUGCGCAAUUGCACAAGUUUGUCCCAGAUACGUUGUAUGCAGGAUGGCCUCAUCUACACAAACACACACACACACACACACACACACACACAGCGUACUUUACAGAAAAACAAGCAUCACACACUGAUUAUUGUACAUACUAUAAAUCUAAGGUCAUGCCUUAGUCAGAUCUAAAGUUGUUAUAUAGUGGUUAGAUGUCUAUAUCGUUGAAAUGAGAAAGGACAUGAAAUGCAAUCCCCAUGCACAGACAACAAAGCACAAGAGAUGAACUCAGUUACAGAGAGAAACAAUCAAAUGAUAGUGUAAUAAUAAUGCUAUAACUUGUUUUCUAGAGAUGACUGUUCACUCAGGCUCAUUAGAGUUAUAACAUGUAUGACAGAAACAGAAAUAAUAAUCUACCUUUUCUGUUUUAUGCCCUAUAUAAUAUUUCACGUUUUCCUUUGCAUAGGGUUCUCAUGGUCAUAACUGCUGUUGAAUCUGAUUUGAAUUGUUUUGAUAGAUUGAUUGUUUUCAAGGUUUGUGAAGGGGUGGGUCAGAUAUUUUUAAUCUAAAAUCUUGAUUUAAAAAUAAACAGAAAUCUGAUUGUUGUGUUUUUUUGUUU